UGUUUUGGCAUUUGGCGUAUUUUGGCGGAUGCGGUAGAGAUGCACGACGACGAGUUCGUGUAUUGAAAAAUUGAAAUUGUGAAUCCUCGCAUCAGUGUUUAACUGGUUUCGAUGGCGAUGGCAUUCUCGCGAUAGAACUAUGAGCAACAAAAAUGGUAGUAGCGCAGGAGAGAUAGAUCCUGUGCAGGAAGAAUUGGCAGGACGUGUGCGGGAAGUUGGAAAUCACGCGAUUUGGAGUUUGUCCAGUUGUAAACCGGGAUUCGGUGUUGACCAACUGAGGGACGAUAUAACCGAGACUUAUUGGCAAUCCGAUGGCCAGCUUCCCCACUUGGUCAACAUCCAGUUCAAGAGGAAAACGACUAUACGAGACAUAUGCAUAUACACUGAUUACAAACUGGACGAAAGUUACACGCCUAGCAGAAUAAGCAUAAGAGCCGGUACCAAUUUCAAUGACCUUCAAGAAAUAGAAGUGAUGGAUCUGAACGAACCGAGCGGCUGGGUCGUGAUCCCCAUAAAGGAUCUGAACGAGAAGCCUGUGAGGACGUUCAUGAUCCAAAUAGCCGUGACGAGCAAUCAUCAAAACGGGCGGGACACGCAUAUGAGGCAAAUUAAAGUUUACAGUCCUACGCAGGACGUUCUCGGACCGUCGGCUCCUUACAUGCCGGGCCAAUUCCUCACCAAUGAAUUGUUACGUUACGCUACGAUUGUCCUCGCGUGAGUAUCAACGAUGCUCGAACAUCGCUCGAUAUAAAUUCGAUCCGAUUUCGGAGAGUGUCGAAA